AGGGUCGACUGGCUCAUUCUGCCAAUUCUCAUCUUUGGCUUCUCUACACUCACACUCAACCGGUCAAAUAUAGGCUUCUCUCUGAAUAACGGGUUCCUACAAGAUGUCGGCAUCACCCAGAACGACUUCAACGUGGGCCAGCAGCUUCUGUCUGCGGGCAUUGUCAUCUUUGAAAUUCCGAGCAACAUGAUUCUAUACAGAAUCGGACCAGCCAUUUGGAUUGGUUUCCAGAUCAUUGCAUGGUCGCUUGUUGGAACCUUGCAGGCAUUUCAAAGCGGAUUGGGCGCCUUUAUUGCAACUCGUUUACUCUUGGGCAUCUGCGAGUCCGGAUUUAUACCUGCAGGUCUCUAUCUGAUGACCAACUGGUACAAGACAUUUGAGACGGGCAAACGCUUCUCCAUUUAUUUCGCUGGUUCCAUGGCAGCGGCUGCUCUCGGUGGCCUCAUCGCAUUUGGGGUUGUCGGUAAUCUUGAUGGUCGUGGUGGGUUGUCCGGUUGGCGAUGGCUCUUCAUUAUCGAGGGUCUCAUGGCUUUCUGCUCUGGCGUUGUGUUCAUUGUUUUUUUCCCCAAGUCACCAACUGACCCAGUCUCGAUAUUCGGUUGGCGCUACUUCGACGAGCGUGAAAGUCAGAUCCUUCGCCAAAGAAUCAUCAUCGACGAUCCAACCAAAGGGAUCAGGGUUGACAACAAUGUCACGUGGGAGGAGCUUCGCCGUCUCACGAAUUGGCGACUCCUGCCACAUGUCAUAACCACGAUAGCAGCUAUUUCUCCAGCUCAGGGUCUUGGAACAUAUUCGCCGUCCUUGGUUGCCGGUAUGGGAUUCAGCAACCUCAGCGCCAUUGCUAUGAUGACUGUCCCUCCAUGGAUUCUUUUGAUCGGCAAUCUCACUUGUGGAUUUAUGUCGGAUAAGCUCAAAUCGCGCGGUCCAGUCGUUCUCGUUGCCUUGAUUUAUAGAAUUACGAGGUUCUGUCUUCUUGCUGUGGGCAACUUCUUUACCACCAGUUGGCGUACGUACCACCUGCCCGCUGUUGCCUCCCUCGUCGUAUGUUUCACUGGCGUAGACCCUGUCCAUGGAUCAUGGCUGUCAAUGAACUGUCUUUCCGAGGCCGAGAGGUCCGUGACAAUGGCAAUUCACAUCAUGGGUGCCAACGUGGCCGGCAUCGUGGGCGCCCAAAUUUUCCGGUCAGACGAUAGUCCGCCUUUCUACCCGAGAGGUUGGACAGUUAUCUUGUCCCUAGUUGCGACUGCUGUCGCCGCCACGCUGGUCUCGAACCUCCAGUACUUGAUUCUCAACCGAACCGGACGACGGCCUGAGGGAUCUAAAUGGAAGCUCUAA